GGUAACAUUUAGGCAAAAAGCACAACCAAAAUGUCAAGCGCACGAUCUCAAACGUUAAGUCUCUACAGGAAGCUCCUAAAAGAAUGCAAGAAGUACAAUUCAUAUAAUUUUAGAAUGUAUGCACUGGAAAAGACGAGAUAUGACUUCCGUGCUAAUAAAGAUGUAACAGAUCCACAACAAAUGAAAGCUUUACUUGAUAAAGCUCAGGAUAACCUUAAUAUAAUGAAAAGACAGGUUUUGAUAGGACAAAUGUAUGGUGAAGGACAUUUAAUUAUUGAAAACGCGGAGUAUAUGAAGAAAUCUUGAUGAUCAAAUUUGGUUGUUGGAACUUAACCAGUAUACAGUAAUUUGCCAGUGAUGUUGUGUUAUCAAAAACUCUAGCUUGAUACCAAAGUGUAUACAUGUGUUAUAAGAUCUUGGAUCAUGCAUUUAUGAGCCAUAUAAAACUGUGUAGAAUUUAAAAGCUACAUUUUAACAAGUUGAACUUUUAUUGUAAUAUUGUAAUGCAUGUCAAUACAAUAGUACGAAGAUAAAUCAACUGUUAAGAAAAGGACAUUGUAUUAAUUCAUUGGAGAACUGUUUGGGUUUUUUUUAACCUUUUUGUAAGGGGGUGGGGGGAGGGGUAUUAACAAGUACAACAUAUUUUUCAUUACUUAUAAACUUACUAUGUGUGUAUUUGUUUAUUUGUAUGGGAAACUAAUACUGCACAGUCCCUAGAGAUUAUUUUGUAUUAGUUAUGUUUAUGGAAUAAUUUUGCAAAAUUGCCAUGUUGUAUUUGUUAAUGAGUAGUUAAAAUAUGGCUGUUAAUACCUCACGAUAAUUUUCAAAUUUUAUACUUGUUUUCCAUUUUGUCUUUAUGUUGUUUGCUAUGUUUUUACUUGAUGUAUGAUAGAAUUAUAUUCUAGAUAAAAUAUAACUUGUAUUGAUAUUAUAUACACGAAGCUUUCCAGAAUCCAGAAGAUAUUACAAUGCUUAUGACAGUAUGUCCUUGUUUUGUGUGUCUACUACUACCAGGUGUUUUGAAGGGCUUCAGAAUCAGUUUUAAAAUUGAGUCAACAACAAUGUAUGAUGUGGGAAAAUUGUAUAAGUGUGCUAGUUACUGGUGGCAAUCAAUGCUUGAAUUUACAGUCAAUGCUUGAAUUAAAACUUUUCAUGAAGUUAAUUAUAUAUUAAUUAUUAUACAGUCAUUUUGGUUUUAAUAAAAAAUGUCUAAAGA